GCACAGUUGACCUUGAGUCUUAAUAAAAUUUUGUUGUGAUCCUUUUGAAACCAUACACUGUUAAAAUCAAAGAGCCAUUGACUGCCUCUAAACUAAAGAAAAAUAUAUCCAAAACCUAAGUAACUUGUCAACUUACGAAAUUUUCGCGCAUUUAAAAUCUCAUCAAACAUUUCGAUUAGGAAUGUUGUAACUCGGUUUAUGCGAAAAAACUUUAGAUUGACUCAAAACCAAUAAACAAUGUUUACUACAAUGGAUGUAUAUGAUGCAGCUUUAUCUAUCGGUCGUGAAUGCCAGUUAAUUGUUGAUGAGUAUGGUGAUGAUGUAUUAAGAGAUUUAAUGCCGAAAAUUGUCUAUAUUUUGGAAGAGUUAGAAGCUUGUACUAGUUAUUGUGAUAAAGAAAAGGAAGAAAUUGCACGCCUUCAAACAGUUGCAGAUGAACUUCGUCAAGAUCAGAAAUCUGACAUUGUACUUAAAGAUAAAUAUGAUAAAAGUUUGGAACAGCUUGAACAAAGUUGGUAUUGUGAAAGUCAAAAGUUAUUGCAAGAAAUUGCUGAAUUAGAACAAGAAAAUGUUCGUUUAACACAUCAUUUAAUUUCUUCUUGUCAUAAAGAGGUCAGAGAACAGGAAGAUUCCGAUGUCUUACAAAAUUGUGUAAUGUGUGAUGAAUCAAAUAUUAUAUGUCCAACAUCUCACCAGUCAAAAGUAGGUGCUUUUUUAUUAGCCACUGCAAAGUUGAGUCUUAAAGGUGUUUCAGCCAAUCUUGACACGGACAAAAUUUAUGACAAAUUAAAAAACAAACCUAGUGAGGAGGAAUUAUCUGAUAUGAUGUCUAGUUUACUAUUGGAGACGGAAGAAAGAAUACAGUUAACUGAACAAGAAAAUCGUGCAGCUGAUCUUCAACUAGUUCAACAACUAAAAGAAUGUGUAGCAAUUAAUUACAAAACUGCACGACAAAUUCGUCGUGAGUUAACUGAAGUUGGCGCUUCAUUAGAUGCAUCGGAAGACGAAGUUUGUCGUUUAGCUCGUCAAAGCGGUCAAUUAUUGGCAUCUUGUGCCCCCCAUAGACGUCAAACUGGUCAAUUGGUGUCAGAAAAAGCCACACUUGAAACACAGUUAUGUGUAAAAGAACGAGAAUUGGCUAAUUUACUGAAAGAUUUAUCAAAUAACGAUACGCUACAUAAUGACCAAUCUGGAAUAAUGUCGAAUACAUGUGAAUCAAUACUACAACUACCUGCUGGACAAGGUUUAGAAUCAAUUAAUUUUGAACAAGAAUCAAAUACUACUAAUAAAUAUAUCUCUGUAGAAGAAUUACGUUAUCUGCUACAUGAACGAAAUGAACUUAAAUGUCGACUAAUUGAAUUGGAAGAAGAAUUGAGACUGUUAGAGUUAGAAAAUCAAAGGAUCCAGAAGUAGAAGGACCUAUGUUGCCUGAACCACCUGAAAAACUUCGUCCAAAUAGAAAAAAACCGUUUAACUAUAAAAAUGAUCUUUGAAAAUCUUCUUCAUCAUUUAACUGAACGUGCUACAACUAUAUUAUCAUGAAGCUGGUUGGUUGGUUAUUAUCAUGAACAAUAUUCCUUACACAAGAUUCUUUUGAGUUCAUAUACGCAUUUAUAAUCCUAUUGACUUUUGUUUAUUUAUCUUAGAUUGCAUAAUACACAAUAAUUGUAGUAAGACUCAUAAUGAUAAAUAUAUAUAUGAUUGUAUCCGUCUGUGUGGUGUGUGUGUUUGUGUUUGUGCAUUUCAUUUGGAGUUGAUCAUUUUAUGCUUUCAGUGUUUUAGUUUCUAUUGAAUUAAAAGAAAAUAUUUGGUUGUUAUCUUUUAAAUUUUAUUAUCAUUAUUUAUAAUAUUUUGUUUCUUUUUGUGAAAUGUGUUUGUAAAAUUGAUUAAUUUUGUUUUUAUUAUUUUACACUGGUGAUAAAAUUCAUCUAUUUUACCAAUACUACUUUAUUUUAAUUGUCAGUAGUCAUUCUAGUCAUGAAUUAAUUUAUUUGUGGUUUGUUUACUGUUUUAUAAUUUUUGUUUUAAUAUUUUUAAAAAGAAGUUCUAUGUUGUUUAUUACUUAAUCUAUAAUUCAUUAACUCAUAUAGGCGCUUUUUUUGUCUUAUUCAUUAAAUGAAUAAACUGAAUAUAUUCAAAUUAAUAAUAAGUUGUGAUUCUUUAUAGAUUGAUCUCAGUUGGAGUAUUAUUAAAAACUAGACUAGCUAUUUCAUUCUAGUAUAAAACUAUUGAGGAAUGAGCACGGACGACCUCGUUAUGGAGUUAACGUGGGACCUUCAAGUUUCGCAAUGAACUAGUAAUAUGGGGUUCAAUGUUAUAAUUUCGAAUUCAAUUACUUUGUGAGUUAGUGUAACGAUUAUUGAGUGCUAUUAAUGACAACUGUUUCACUUUCAACAUGUUUGAACUCCACCGCCUACAAUGUCUUAAUUAAACUUUAAGAACACGUUGAAAAAAACAAUGAAUGCUCCAAUAAU